AUGAGUCGCAUUGAUUUUAUGCCCUCGCCAGUUUUAAAUCCUUCCAUUGUCAACGCCGAAACGCAGAAUGGUCAUACGUAUGAGAUGCAAUCGAUACAAUGCGGAGAGACUAAUUUGUUCGAAGCUGCGGCUGACGGGCGCAUGGCUUAUGUGAAAGCCUACUUUUCAUCAACUACAAACAAAGCGGACAUUUUGGAUCAUAAUGGCCAAGGUGCUCUUCAUCACGCAGCGAGAAUGAACCGAGUUGAGGUUGUAGAGUUUAUGCUGAAAGCAGGCGCUAAUGUUGAUGUUCUCAAUCGAGAGGGUCUAACUCCUCUUCAUGUCGCAGCCAGGUAAUCGAUGAACGAGAGAAAAAUGCUUCUUUAUCAUGUCAUUUGACACCAACUUAAGUCAAACCUUGCUGGCCAGGAAGAUCCCUAACUUUCUAUGACGUAUUCUGCAUCGGAACUAGAUAUACAGUUUUAAGUUCGGAGAAAGUUUAGUUCGCCGCACUGCGUUUGUUCACUGUGUGUUUUUUAAUACGCAAUACUAAUGUUUGCUUUCAGGUUAACUGUUUGCCUUUCGUGGGACUGUAAUCCUUUCGAUUGCUGAUGCUAAUACAUCACCCAGAAACAGAUGAAAUCGUAUUAGGACGAAUCAUAAUUUUUGCAGCCUUUUCUUUUUCGUCGUCUAAGUCUGUUUACAGGUACCAGAGUCUGAGUAAUUUCGCCCCGAAACAUGUUUUCAUUGCAUAUGAAAUUUUGCAUAAAUUAUUCAUCACACUGAAUUCGAAACAAAAGAAACUUUGGGGUAAAUCGCUGAUAUUUGUGUUUGAUGGUUGGGUGGCCCUUGAAAAAAAGAAAAAGGCCAAACAACUGCUGAUGUUAAUUCGGCGUGAGAUCUCAAGGGAUUCCCAUUCCGAUCUCAACUGUUACGGGUAAAAGUGACUACGAAAUUUGCUUCGGUAACGAUCAGCGGCUUUUAAUAUGGGUCAUGUUAGUACAGUUAUCUAAUUAACACUCUUACAAGGCUUCUUGUUUACCUCGUUGAAUCGCGUACGGGAAAACAAUAGCUUUUAGAACGAAAUGGCUUGCAACUUCAUAGAUCAUCAAUCAAUUUUAUUUUAAUCCAGCUCACCAAAUCAACCAACAACUCCCUUGCUUUACCCAGCUUUUUGUAAAGAUUUCCACCUUUUUUUUUUUUUUUUUGCCACAGCUGAAUAUUAAACACAUUUUCUUCAGGUCGAAUUCCCUGGAAGCCCUUAACUGUUUGCUGAAGAAGGGAGCGAAACUAAACUUCGUUAGCACAUCAAGAGGCUGCACUCCUCUUCACAUUGCGGUAGAAUUCGGCAACAGACAGACCGUUCAGCGCCUACUAAACGAAAAGAGCCUGGAAAUUGACGCAAAAAACGGACAAGAAGUAACUGCCCUACACAUCGCCAUCAGUCGUGGAUAUGAGGGUAUAUGUAGAGAUCUUCUCCACAACGGUGCAAGUGUUAGUAUAUCUACCAAAGAGGGUAACUCAUGUCUCCAUCUGGCAGCAAGUGCUGCCAACUCAGAUAUUUUUUCUGCAGUUAUUCAAGCAGGUAUGUGAAGAAGCCCCUUGAAACAAAGUGUUGAAAGUAUUGGUUGAAUACUUGAAUAAUUUUCCAGAAAAAAAGGUUUGCGCCAACUAGUGAACUGUAAGACAAAAAAACUCUUCUUGUAAACUGAGAAGGGGCGAUUUUUCAAUGCUAUGGUACACUAACUAAAAAUUAACAGCUCUUUAGAAGUAAAUUUAUAACUGAUUAUCAAAUAAUAUAAAUAUUAACAAGAAAGGAACUCCAAUUCCUCUUCCUGAGGGCUAUCAGAUAUCUUAGAGUCAAUGAUUUAGUCUUGUGAGUCGAUUUCCAACAUCAGCGUCUGCAGACGAAAAGUAGAGGGGUAAGAAGUAUAUCAGUAAACGAGUGUAAUAGGCAUUUAAUACUAGUAAAACCCAGCUGUUUUAAUAAUCUCUUAUUAAAUCAUAUUUCAGCUAUGGUGGACAUUACAAAUUACCCAGCUUACGCUAUGCAACCAACCAGAGAUGUACCAGAAUUUGGCCAGAUUAUCAAUCAAACAAACGGAGACAAGAACACAGCGCUUCAUAUCGCUGUCCAAACAGGUCACGUUUCCAUUUGUAGCACCCUCCUACAGCACGGUGCAGAUCCCAACUUGCAAAACAGAUACCAUAAGACCCCCCUGCAUUUGGCUUCUAUCAGAAAAAGAAAAGAGAUUGUGGAAUCCCUCAUCCGGCGAGGAGCGCAAUUAAACAUAAAGGAUCAGAAGCAGAGAACACCUUUACACAGGUGGGUUGCAACCUCCAGUGGUAAGAUAAAUAACUUAAGCCUAUGAUCUUGGGAAGAGCAUUACCGAGAACAUUUAGCCGAGAACUUGAAACACGUUCUCCAUCCUAGUCUCGAGGGCAGGAGACCACGGCAAAGCUCAAAGGUGCAGGGAAGUAAAAAAAUUCUUUUAUCUUUUUUGGAAUAAUAAUCUGCCAUGCGAAAGAUUACAUUUAGCAAAAGUUAAAGACCGACUGAGUACGUACAUUGAACUGCACGACACGGAAUAGGUUAUAGCAGAGAGAAAAAAAACUGAUAUCUGACAAGCACUGUCGAUUUUUAUUGCAAAAGUACACUUCACGCGAAACUGUUCCUCAAACUAUCUUUAUAGUGCAGCGUCGUUCGGAAGUGAAGACGGCAUCGAUCUUCUACUCAAGAGCUUCGCAUCCAGAGAUCCGAAAGAUGAUGAAGGAAUGACGCCCUUUCUUUGCGCUGUAGCUGCUGGUCAUACCAGAUGUGCCGAGUUACUCCUGGAGUGUGGUGCAAAUAUCACCGUUCGUGACAAAUACCAGCGAUGCUGUAUUCACUUUGCCAUAGAAAACGACAAAGAAGAGGUCUUAGCCAUGUUGCUGCAAAGACCAGAGUGUGAACUCAUUAAUGCCCCUGAUAUUCAUGAAAGGACGCCAUUGCAUUGUGCUGCUUUAUCGGCUAAUAUAAGGGUAAUUUCAAUUGUGUGAUUAUGUGGUUACGUAUGCAGCUUGAAAGCGUGCCUCUUAGGAAAUAGGGAAAUAAAAUCAAAAAAGAAAACGCACAAACAAAUGCACAGUUGAGAUGGUUACAUUCGCAACCGAAUGAGUUUUCAAAAGCGCAGUGAAAUCUUCAGUGAGCAAUUGGAAAGCCAUAAAAAUCUGUAUUUGCUGUUCCAACUCACUUAAAAAAUCAAGAACUAAACGUAGGCAACGUAAGAACACCUUACUUAUUAUCUGGGAUUCUCCUUUUCACGAUGGAUAGUCUUAUUUUUUAAUUCUUUGCCCUAAGCACAUUGUGCCGUCCAUGGUUUGUUGAGUCUCUUCUCUCAUUUUUCUUUUCUGUGUUUUUCUUGAACUUUUCAGUUGUUAGACAUUUUAUUGGGAAGGAAGGCGAACAGUCUCCUCACAAAUGGUGCUGGUAAAACUGCCCUGCACAUGGCAGCUGAAACCGGAAGAGUUCGUCAUGUUGAAACUUUGGUCAAGAAUUCUUGCGCCAGUGUUGACCAAAAGGAUCCCGAAGGACGGACACCAUUACAUCUCGCAGCAUUGAAUGGAAAUGAGUAUGGACUUGUCAUUCGCUUCAAAUGUGUUAUUUAGGGCAUGGAAGUCACAUUAAGACAGAUGAUUAUUUUCACUCGGCGAAGCAAUAAAUACUUAAACGUGGUACUUAGGCCUGUGUUAACAAAUUUACAAUUUACAAAUAGUAGUAUCUGAGCACACGUUACAAUAACAUUUCCUUGUUUCUAUUAUUUUGGAAAACCACCAUGGCCAUAAGGCAAACUGAACGUAUGAUAUCCAUUUUCUGCUUAAGGAAAAUCUGCUUAACCCUCUUGCGCAUGGGCGCACAAGUCGACAGCGUUGACGUCAAUGACUCCACUCCUCUUCUACUCGCUGCAAAGACAGGUACAGGUAGCAUAAUCCAACUGUUCCUUGAAAAGAACGCCAACAUAGACCACCAAGACAAAACUGGAAGCACUGCACUCCUGAUUGCGUCCACAAGAGGGCACGUCGAUGUUGUAAAAAUGCUUUUGAGUAGACAAGCAAGCUUAAAAUCGAACGAAAACGGCCUCAACUGCCUCGAUGUGGCCAUAGAUAACCAGCAAAGUGACGUUGUUAUGACUAUAAUAAAAAAUUCGAGGUAAGUACCACAGUAAGUUGUUAUGAGCCCAUCAACAAAGCAAAAUAGAAUAUUGCAGAGAGUUAGGGGAAUGACUGAAUUUACCCUAAGAAUUGCCUCACGUUUACUCCUUGCGUUAAUGACUGACACGUUCAGCGUACACGCGAUAUUUCUACCGCUCUGUUUUAAUUGUCAAAGUAGAGCAGAGUAAUGAAGUUCUUAAUGGAUACAACGAAGAAAAUUCCUUUCAUCUCCAGAUGGAGAGAGGUUUUGUCUGCGAAGAGCUCUGAUGGUCAGAACAGAAUGGGCAAGCUAAUUCAAAGGUUCCCGGAUUCUGCCAAAUCUGUACUGGAUCGCUGUAUUCAAAGGUCUACAACCAGUCGAUCCAUCACAUACGAUUUCAGCCUUCUCGAUCCAGGUCCUGACGAUAGCAGUGGACCCAGUGGGAGGCCGUUCUUUGGUCUUGCGGUCAUGGUAGAGUACAAACAGAAAGAUCUUCUGGUUCACGAUGUUUCCAGAAAACUCCUCCGGAUCAAGUGGCGUGUCUAUGGAUGGUUUGUUUACUGGACGAACCUUAUCCUUUUUUCCAUAUUUCUUGGGCUUUUGACAUAUUUUAUGUUACAUGAACGGGGCAAUGUUGUGCUCAAACCUAAAAGUAGUUACGUCGACGACGAAGAAGAGGCCGUUUUCCGAAGGAAUGAGACUAACGUGUUCAAACACUUAGUUGAGUUCCUUAUUCUGAUUUUUGCAUCUUUUCAUCUCUUAAAAGAGCUGUAUCAAAUCUAUGUUCAGCGGCUAGAGUAUUUCAAACAAGUGACAAACUUGAUGGAGUGGGUCCUUUAUCUGUCGACAAUAAUAUUCAUUCUUCCUUACAUAUUUGAGAGUCUAACAAGUCUUCGAAGUUAUCCGAACCUCACCUGGCAGUUAGGAACACUUGCUGUAUUUCUGGGCUACGUAAAUCUUAUUUUGUUCGUUCAAACUCUGGACUAUGUUGGUAUUUACGUGACAAUGUUUUUCCAAGUGGCAACCACUGUGGGUAAAGCCAUCAGCCUUUUGGCCUUGUUUUCUGUUGCUUUUUCGGUGGUGUUCUUCAUUUUAUUCAGGGAACAGGUAAUGACAAAUGCUAUAUUUUAAAUUUUAAUUCAUUGUUUAGGUUCCGGGUGAAAUAGGAAAUAGGGCUGGUUAGGACAACUACGAAAUGAGUUUGACGUCCUUUCCUCCAGGAGCCUUUCGAAGGUCAUGCUUUCCCUUCAUAACCCUUCUCCGUUUCCAGCUUUCGCGGCAGUUUUGCCAAACGCGUAGCUUGUCCCUAGUUUAUUGAUAUUCAAAGUAUUGACGCACGUACUGUAUACUAAUUAUAAGCCUGCCAUUCGUCGUAUUUGGCCAAUGUAAUGGCAUUUAUCCAAGCGGUGGUUGGUGCUAGAAUCAAGUUCAUUAACCAUCAUGAUUCCAAUCUGUUAUUUUAACUUUUAUUCUGUUUUGGCUUUUCCAGGAAACGUUUGAAACAUUUGGCUUAACGUUAAUGAAAGUGGUUGUAAUGACUAUUGGUGAGCUCGAUUAUACCUCAAUGAUCGUGGACAAUUUUAACGUCUCCUCGGACUCCGGGGCGCCUUUAGUGCCUUACCGAGAAUCUUCUCUCAUCUUCCUAUCCGUCUUCAUAUUUGCUAUACCCAUCGUUCUCAUGAACCUUCUGGUAAGUGAGUUUUAAAUAUAAAUAUUCAGCUUACGGGCAACUGAAAUGUUUGACGUAUGGACCGAUUGUAACGAUGUCUACGCUUUAUAUGACCGCGAGCCAAAUAUAAAUGUUGCCGUCUGGCCCAACCAAACACAGACAAUAAGCAUUAUCAUAUGACCACUUCUAAAUUGUUUCAAUAUGAAGCGAUAGAUGGGCGUAUGCGGGAAAGCCACAAAAUCGAAUCUUCAGUAAAAACGGUUCUCGGCUUUUGUUUUUUCGAGUCAGAACAAGAAAGUAAGAAUUCAUCGAAAAUGCAACUUUUUCUAAUUCUGUUCUUUUUUUAACUUAAAUUUUUGUACCAAGACCAUGCGAGUGCACGGCUGGCAGCUUUUCCCGGACCGGCUCACGUCAACCCGUCCGGCUCUAUACACGUCACAUUUCACUUUGGUUUUCUAUGGGAUUGUAGGCACGGGGCCGUUCGGAUCAUAUGAUCAUCCCGUUUAAGUAGUAGGAAGAGAGUAGGAGUAUUUCCCCUCUUCCUGGAUUGGAUGCCAAUCUAUGGCUCGUUCAAUGCCCGCCAUUACCAAUACCCAUUUACACUCCUGAGUUGAGAGACAUCGCGCGAGCGAAGUGUUUUGCAUCAGAACUCAACACAGUGACUCAGACUCCGCAGCGGCUAUUUAGAGGGAAAUGGUUUACGUAUUAUCGCAAUAGGAGCAGAUCUACGGGUGACUCUUAGUUUGCAGUAAUACAACUACAAUACCUUUUCCUUACUUUCGCUUUAGUGACGGAAGACCUUUUGUGGUUGCAAAUCGCGCCGCUUACUCCUCAUUUUGAUGAUAUUCUACUAUGUGAUAACGGCAAAUAAAGGAAAAUAGACAGAAUAAUGUCCUGCUUAAUGAACCUUCUCCAACCUUAGGAACCUCAUGUAUUCAUUUCCCGUGGUGUUUCACAGGUCGGUUUAGCUGUGGGUGACAUAGAAUCCGUGCAACGAUAUGCAUAUCUCAGAAACAAGGGAAAGUUCGUGGACUUCGUCUACGGGGUCGAAAGAAGAUUUCCAAAAUUCAUCACGCGUUAUUUUUACAAGCCUCAAUUGGUGAUAAGUGGUAGCUUCUUGGAAAAGAAGAUCUCGUCACAGUAUGUACAAUACCAUAACGACAAUUCUUUUUAGAAAAAAACCUUUAUCGAUGGUUACUUUUGAUUCACCUUUCUCUAUUUAGUGUUAUUUAUGGGAAAUGAUAGAGUCUGAAGAAGUUUAGAACGUUUGAAACUAAGGAGAGAGACUUUUACUUUGUGAGAAAAGAAGUGAAAAAAUACAUUUUGACCAUCAUUCAAUAGAUCGGUGCUCGCGUAUACAUACAUUUUGAAGCUCUUUUUUCAUGAAAAUCUAACAAAGUGAGAAGUGUAGAAUAUCUUCAUGGAUAUCUAAAAGAGAUAUCACGUCAUAUCUUCAGGACGAUAUUGUUUUACUAACAUUAUGGAUUAUUCUUAUCCACUCUCCCCUCACCUUUCUCCUAUUUCCACUUCUUUUGCUCAUGUGGCCUAAUCAGACAAUCGGCAAAUCUCUACACAGGCAGAGGUGAUAAAUCGAUGGCUAAGAGUAUCUUCUAUACAAAAGAUUUGAAAUUUUCCUCCUGAGUGCAAAAUGUCAAAGUUUGUUUCUGCUUUACAUUUUUAGGGAAUACACCUUUGUCGUUGACCAAGAUCUUGAUGAAGAUGAAUAUUAUAUGACAGCGGACCAGGUGGAGGAGCAAAAGCUAGAAAUCCUCACCAAGGAACUGGCAAAGACCACUCAACGACAGCUGUCUAUUAUCGGAACAAUUCAGGACCAGAGGAACCUUUUACUUGCAUUAGCUACCAAAGCAGGAGUUGAAACUCGAGAACAAGACACUAGAUAACUCUCAAGAGCGUUAAUUAGAUCGUUGAUUGUACGAGGCAACGUAUUACAUAAUAGCCACGGGUUCAAACAUUGCAAAAGAAUUUUUCAUUUUAUUUUUCUUUCAAACCUGGUUUGCCAUGAUUUUCAUAGUUCUCUUGUUAUAAAUGUGCACGUGGCACCCCACAUACGUUUUCCAAGGAUGAAACGUUUCGCUAUAAUUGGAAAUCAUGUUCCAGAACGUUUUGCAUGGUUGCCAAACAUUUCCUAUGAAAAAAGAUCGAUGAAACAGAUAUAACAAAGAACUUAACGAUAAGCUGAACAAUUGAUUUAGACUCGAUCAUGCACAAUGGUACAUUCGGCUUCGACAAAAUUGCGCUUCUUUUAAGGAGUUAAAAUAACAAGUGGAGCGCUAUUCAGUGUAGAAGGAUGGAAUCUUCAUAUUAUUUAGUCCAAGAUAAGUAAGUACGUAUAAGGCCAAGAAUGAAGCUAUUAGGCAGUUCUAUCGAGUAGCGGGGAUUUUCUGUUGGGCACGUGUUAAAUGUUUCUUAAACUGGCUUCUUAUUUUAUCUUCUGCCAGAGAUCAAAAGUGAAAUAAGCAAUAUCUCUCCUGAACUAAGGAAUUAAUACUGAAUUCUAUUCUGUAAGGAAAAAAAGUUUAUCGUAGCUGCCGUUUCUAUAUAUUUUUAUUAUUGAACAAUGUACAUUUUACUACUUUUUAUCAGACACCGAGAAGCAUUAACAAGCUCUUAAGUACAAUUUUUGAUGCGAUGGACCUUGUUUCUUUUUUUUAAUAAAGCAC